GGCUAGGUUAGCGCACAGCUGCUACAUCCGGGCGCCCCGCUCGGUCUCCAAAGCCUUGCGAAGAUGGCGACGUCAGGGAGGAGUGCAUUAUUAUCCUCCGCCUCGGCUGGACCCAAGAGCACGCUGGAGAACUCCAACCCGGAGGAGGAGGACGGGCAGGACCUCUGGUCCACCAUCCUGAGCGAAGUGUCAACCCAUUCAAGAUCCAAGCUACCGUCUGGGAGAAAUGUCCUGGUCAUGGGUGAGGUGGGCUCGGGGAAGACCACCUUGGUUGCGAAACUACAGGGGGUCGAAGAGUACAUGAAAGGACGUGGCCUGGAAUACCUCUACUUCAGUGUCCAUGACGAUGACAUUGAUGACCUCACUAGGUGUAAUGCCUGGGUGUUAGAUGGUGACCUUUACCACAAAGGUCUACAGGGAGUAGCUGUACCAGUGGACUCGAUCAGCAACACGUUGCUGCUGAUAACGGUUGACAUGUCACGGCCGUGGAAUGCCCUGGACUCCCUACAGAAGUGGGCUGCCGUCGCUAGGGAACACAUUGACAAACUCCGGGUCGCCCCGGAAACGCUGCGGGAGCUGGAGCACAGACUUGUAAAACAGUUUCAGGAGUACACAGAGCCCGGCAGUGGGGAGGAUGGCACCCCACAGAGGAGGAGUGAAGAUGAAGAGAGUGUGCUGCUGCCAUUAGGAGAAAACACACUCACACACAACCUGGGCGUACCAGUGGUUGUGGUCUGCACCAAGUGUGACGCCAUCAGCACAUUGGAGAAGGAGCACGACUACAGAGACGAACACCUGGACUUCAUCCAGUCCCACAUCAGGAAUUUCUGUCUGCAGUACGGCGCAUCUUUGGUUUACACGUCGGUGAAAGAAAUGAAGAACUUGGACAUCCUCUACAAAUAUCUGGUCCACAGACUCUACGGCUUUCCCUUCCACAGCGCGGCACAAGUGGUGGAAAGAGACGCUGUCUUCAUUCCAUCAGGUUGGGACAAUGAGAAAAAGAUUGCCAUACUUCACGAGAACUUUCAGACAGUAAAAACAGACGACAGCUUUGAGGACGUAAUAGUCAAACCGCCAGUCAGAAAGAUUGUACAUGAAAAGGAAAUUCAGGCAGAAGAUGACCAAGUCUUUCUGGUAAAACUGCAGUCGCUGCUCGCCAAACAGCCGGCUGUGACAGCAGGGAGACCUGUGGAUACCACUAGCAGAGCGCCCACCGGUUCCCCCAGGACGAGUAAUCGCUCCGCAGCGGCCAACGUUGCAAACACCAUGCCACAGUCGGGUCAGACCAGUGAGGGUGUGUUGGCCAACUUCUUUAACAGUCUACUGACAAAGAAGGCAGGGACAGGGGGGCCCGGGACGCCAGGUGGUGGUAACAACACUCCAGGAACCGUACGCAAGUCAGGGUCCAAGCUGGGCAUGAGCGACGUACAGGCAGAACUGGACCGCAUAUCCAGCCGGGAGACUGACUCAGACUUGCCCAAUGCCAACGAGACCCCUGCCACCGACAGCCAGGACACAUGAAGACCAACACAUUUCACCCCUCACAUCCUCCCCUGCUCCACCUCGGUCACCUUCCACCUCAUGUGUCCUUCCUCCCUCCAGCCUCAGCACCUUCUCCAUCAGAAAGUUUUGGGAGAAGAAGGGAAGUAGGGGGAUUCGGAGGGAUGGACACAGUGUUUUUUCUCCCCCAUCCUCUUUCACUUUCUCCUCAAGAUGAAGAACUCACCCUCUUUUCCUUACAUCUUGUCCCACACCUCAUUCUCCUUCCCCUUCCUCUUUUUUUCUCUUCUCUCCCUGGCUGUUAUGCUAAGGUAGAGUAUUUGUCACUGUUACGACUGUCUGUUACAUGAGAAUGAAUGGGUAUGGGGGACCAAUGGGGGUUGUGAAGGUUGGGAUGGGAAGAAGUGAGGGAGUGGGCUGGAAAAGACUGAUUGCGAGAAUGAAAGUUUUAUCCAUCCAUUUUUUUGCGAUGGUACAGUUAGUGUUUUUACCGUAGGAACUGCUGAUGGGCGCAUGUUGAAGAAACUGCACUUAGGUACCGUAGGGAUGAUUGUGUGUUUAAUGUAUGCGGGACAGUCAUACUUGGCCAGAGGAAGAUUGAGAACAAAAAAAUAUGCCUGAAACAAAAUUGCAAACAGUCUUGUCUUUUUUUUCUGUUCUUUUUUAGAUGAAGGGACAAACAUACCAGUAUUUGUGUGUGAAUGUGAGUGUGUGUGUAUGUGAGAGAGAAUGAAUGAAGCGGAUAAAGAAAAUUAAGUAAGUUACUUCAACCUAGACCUGUAUUUUUUGGCUGUUUGCAUUUCAACCAAGAGGCAAAAAAACUACAUGACUAUGCUCUAACACUACAGCCUCUUUUAAAACAGUGCACAUACUAUUAUUACUGCAGCCAUCACUGCAGAACUACACGAACCAAACUUGACAGGAAAAAAAAAAAAAAACGUACUACAAAAUCAAAGUUCACACUGGUCCUUUGUAGAAGGCACCAUAGGUCCAUCAUGGCAACCACUUCUACAGUUGGUCAAACUUUCCCUCACGGUAAAUACUGCUCAAACCUGUAGAUAACAGUGCACUGACUAGAGAGGCUGGUGGUAGUGGGUGGGUGGGUAGCUGAGCUUUAUUUGUACAGAAAGAAGCACUAGUGAUUCAGUUCCAUAGUUACUGUGGGCAGGGUUUCGGGUGGGCAAGGGGCUCAACAUGGGAGGGUCACAUGAAGAAUGUACAGUCAUUGUCUCGCUGAUUGGUCCUGUUAUUUCAGAGCUCUGUGUUGGCGUUUGUAUAAUCAGAUCUGUUAACCAGUCAAAUAAAAGGUGUAUUUAUUCGGAUUCAUCCA